ACUCAAAAUGAAGACCAUGCUUGAAGAGGAUCAUCAUCUUCUGUGCUGAACAAGUAACUAUAACUGUGUUUCUGUUGACCGUAGUGUCAUGCAGCAGACUUCAUGAUGGAUACCACCCAAACAAGCUACACAGGUCAGAUUUUUUUCAAGGACUUAACUUGUCAUGGACGAGCUCCAAAUAGAGGGACAAUAAACCAGGACAUGAGAAAGUCAUACCAAUUGCGCGGACACCUCUCACCAAAUAUGAGUGAGAAGACGUGUACCGUUGUUCUCACUCGACUGGAAGAUGUAACAGGGUCCCGCAUUAUUGAAGGUCAGGGCAGGUCAUCGUCUAAUAUCUCUUGUUGGGUAGAUGAAUUUGGAACUCUGAAAGUUCACACCGGGCUUCCCUCAGAACCUAGAAGAACGAGUUCAAAAGGACAACUUUUCCCAGGGGCUUCUACUGUAGACAACCCUAUAAAGGAAUUACCAGAACCCCGGAAGCGAAGGCUAGCUUCUCUCAACGCUGAAGCAGUCAACAACUUACUCUUUGAGAGGUAUGAUGGUUAUUCGUCUAGAAAACUUAAUAAAGAUUUAAACAGAGCUGCUGAAAACCGCAAAUCAAUUGUGGACUGGACUUCCUUAAAAAAGCUGGAUAACCACUCGGCCAGCAAAAAAAGCAAGCCGAGAUGUAUAGCCCAACAUAGGUCAACUUCAGAUCACGUGUUUGAUGACCUCCUCAAGAGAGAAGCUAGUGAAGUGUCUUAUCCUCCUGCUCCAAAGAGGUUGGCAAGUUUAAAUGCCGUGGCGUUUCUGAAGAUCACCAACGAAAAAGUUCAUGCUUUGAAACAGAGGAGCAAGUCAAAUGGUGACAGUGGACGUUCUGUCACCUCUUUCUCAAAAUCCAAACUGAAGGUAACAAAAUCUCACAAAAAGCACUGUAUAAAAACUAAAAAAGACUUCCUUCAUCAGAAAACCAAGGACUAUCAUGGUUGGCAAGGAGGGUCUGACGUUGGAUUUCUACAGCCAGACCGUCAAGAGCCAGCAAAGUCUUUGGGUAAAGUGGAGGGUGUUCAUGUGGAGCAGUCUUCCAAGAGACACAACGGCUCACAACCUUUGUACCACAGACUGCCUUUGUUAAUGGGAGGGCAGGCUUCUAUGAAGCCAGAGUAUGGAAGACCAGGUGAAAAGUCUCCCACUCCCAAGCAAGACUUCCAACAGCCUUCAUUUCCAGUACAACAGCUUCAUCAUCUGCCAGUUCCAGGAAGCCACACGGAAUGUAUCUGUGUCUGUGACUCCUCCAACCUAGCGAAUCUGGAUGGAAGCUAUAUUCCUUAUGGCCAAAGUGGAUUACCAUGUAAUGGAUAUUCGGAUUACUCCAUGUAUCCAAAAGAUGAAGUGUUUUCACAGCCAGUGCACUGUGAGGAACUCUUGGUGUCACAGAACUCUUUACAUCCUAGUGCAGUGUGUGAGCAUCUUCCUUGGUGCAGUUCUCGCUAUGCCUAUGGAGAAGACACUGGCACAAACACAGAUAGUCUUUGUGGAUUGAUACGGCUGCCACUUGGCAGGGUUAGCAGCACUCACAUUGGACCUAGUACCUAUCCAUAUAAGAAGCCUUUAACAACAGAUGGAUACAAAUCACUUGACCAGCUGAGUUUAACAAUUCCCACAGCAGGUCACCCCGUGUCUCCUGCUCACCCACUCUCAGGAUGCCCAGUUCCAAGUGUCCCACCUGCUGCUGAGCCUGUCCCCUACCUACAGACACCCAACUCAGAACCUCAGACAAUGGCCAUGCUGAAAACUGCACGGGAAUGCCCACAGAGCUCAAAACCCCCAAGUGGCUCUAAGUCAGGAGUUCGGAACGCGCCAGAGUGUGUCCACGCAGCAGACAGCAAGACAAGCAAAGGUCACAGUCAUCCUAAGCAACAAAGAAUCAGUAGAAGAAGAGCUACCAAUGGCUGGAUGCCUUUGGGAACAGCAUGUGAGAAGGCAGUUUAUGUUGUGAACGAACCUGAACCUGCUCUCCGAAGGAGUUACCAAGCCGUGGAGAGGAAUGGAGAAAUCAUCCGAGUCCGCGAUACUGUCCUUCUUAAAUCUGGUCCCAGGAAAAAAUCCAUGCCGUAUGUGGCCAAAAUAUCGGCUCUCUGGGAGGAUCCCAAAUCUGGUGAGCUGAUGAUGAGUCUCUUCUGGUACUACCGGCCAGAGCACACUCAGGGAGGACGAAAUCCCAGUAUGCACCAGAAUGAGAUCUUUGCAUCCCGUCAUCAAGAUGAGAACAGUAUUGCGUGUAUCGAGGAAAAGUGCUAUGUCCUGACAUUUGCAGAGUACUGCAGAUUUUGUGCCUUGGUAAAGCGUCAGAAGGAGGGCUGUCCAAAUAGGAAAGCUUUGAUCGUCCCUCCCUCAGAAGAGUAUUGCACCCCUAUACAUCGCAGGGUUCCAGACAGCACCGACCCAGAACUAGUAUUCUUGUGCCGGCACGUGUACGACUUCAGACAUGGGCGCAUCCUAAAGAACCCUCAGUAGUAAGCGCUUCUGAAGGAGACAUCCACAUGAAAAGUCGGUGUCAGAAUUCAAGGCCUUUGCAGCCUAAGACUGCUUCAGACAUCUUCCUAGCUGCAUCCCCAAGAAGAGAGGAGAGUUGGGAGCUUCUUGUAGUAGCCCUUUGGCUCUGGAUUCAGGAACAGACACUGGUCACAGUACUCAGCAGUUGAAAGCACAGCACUUCGUUAGAGAUGAGCAGUAAUUAAAAAGAAAAAAAAAAAGAAAAUGAGAAAAAAAAAUAUAUCGACAAAUAUAUAUAAAUAUAAUAAAGUAUAUAUAUAUUAUAUAUAUAUAUUGGGGAAGCAUAAGCCAGUACAUCAGGUCCGGAACCAUGGUUGUAAGGUUGUGUAGGGAUGUGUUAGUGCAUGAUUGGACCAUGCUUGGUUCGAAUGCCUUAAUAUGUCACACAGGUCCCUCUCAUACCCUCACUAGUACUUCUGGAAGUUCAGACAGAUUUUUGUUUUUUCCCCUUUUUUUUUUUUUUUUGCAUUGUUGAGAAAGACGUGUUCCACAUAGACUGUACCUUGUUCUCUUUAUUCAUUAACUUAUUGUGUAGCCCAGCUAUGAAAUGGUCAGAUGGCCCCAUCAUUUCUGGUUUUCAGCAGUUAUUGCAUACAUCUGCUCUUCUUCUUAUCAGUUCAAUUUGAGUUUUAAUUUUCCAGUUAAAUUCUUUUUGAGCGUUGGCUAGGAGAAAGAGAUGACGUGGACAUAAACGUUCAAGACGAAGCCUAACUCCUCACUCUAUCGAGGUGGGACAUUUUUGAGGAGUGUCCUCAGAGUAACUUAAAGAGCAUCUGUCAGCGGUCUUGUUAUCUCACAUUACAUUCUCCACAGGGUCCAAUCAUGCUAUGUGACCACAUCACUGAUCAGAAGUAUAGGCUGGAGCUUGUACACGUGUGCAGAAACAGCCACGUUGACCUCUGGUCAGCAGUGAAUGCGAGGACAAUGGUAUUUAAAGCAGAUCUGGCAUCACAUUAUGCUGCCCUAAGGGCCAUUCUCAUCUUAGAAUGUUAUUGCAUAUCGCUAGGAUAUGCCGUCACAUUUUUUUGGGCGAGGGUCCAACCUUUUGAGACCUUGAACCUUCAUCGAUAACUAAAGGUACUGAGAUGCCUUCAGCAGUUUUCUGCACAGGAGCAUUCCUAGCCACCCGCUGUGAAGAGAACUGCAACAUAAGCUUUAUUCAAGUGAAUGGGACAGCGGGUGGGCAGUAGUGUUAAGGCGACGUAGCAAGCGAUUGUCAGGGAGGAAGCGUUCCUCCCUGACAAUCACCUGCUCGUCAGUGGAAGUGACUUCUGCAUUUUCAUGCAGUGAUCCCCUCCACAGUAUGCCAUCGGUCAUCCCCAUACAGAAUCAUUGUUUGCCAGCAGCAGAGUUAGGUGUCCGCACCAACCAUCCCAUUACCCGAUAAACGAGCGUUUUGGUAAUCCAUAUUAACGAUAGUUAGCGAUAAUCUGCCCGCACAAAAAGGAGCCUUUACUGCGCAGUGAAGGAGCGCGUAACACUGUGGACCUUUUACUUUGAGGACCGAUGGGGGGCGAAGCGGUCAGACUAUUUAUUACAUAUAGUCAGAAACUGGUGGCAUAUGCUGGCAAACCCCCCUUAAAGGGGUUGUUGUUUAAAGGGAGCCUUUCACCAGCUUUAUGCUGCCUUAUCUGGGACCCUGAUCAAAACAUACUCAUGACCUCCCAGCUCUCCCUGACAGAUCCACAGGAUAAGGGCUCAUGCACACAACCGUGUGCUGGCCCAGACCAUGCUGCGGACAGCAAAUUCCUGCCCGUAAUGCACAGGCACCGACCGCGGGGCAGCCGCAUGUGGAUCGUGGACCCAUUUACUUGAAUAGGGUCCGCACCGCAAAAAAGUAGUACAUGCACUACUUUUUUGCGGUGCGGAGGCACAUACAGUUAACCCACAGAAGCAUUCCAUAGUGCUUCUGUGGGCUUCCGUUCCGUGCCUCCGUUCAAGUGAAUGGGUCCGCGAUCCGUGAUGCACGCGGCCGAUGCCCGUGUAUUGCAGACCAGCCGUAUGCGAGCUGCAAUACGGCCAUGGACGGGCAACGAGCCCUAAGGGAAAACUAUCUGAUCGGAGUCCCACUGCUCCUAAAAACUGGGUCCUGUUCCCCCAUCUGAAUAGAGCGGCAGAUUGAGUAUGCGUGCUGCUGUCCUCCUAAAUAUUGCUGCCCCAUAAAUUUGAGUCUACUGUAUUCUGCCCCAUAAAUUUGGCAGAAAGUAGCUAUUUGCCAUCGUAGCUCGUUAACCACCAGACCUUGGGCAGCAUAUUGUGCUAACACAUCUGCUUUAAAGGGGUUAAUUGUGUUAGACUACCCUUUAUCAUGUGUGCGUCUUAAAGGAGGCACCCAAUUUGAUGCUCCUCCUUUCAGCCAGUGCAAACUCAGCGUGUGCCAUGCUUCUGUUCCUCUAUAGGUGCAUGAAGACUAGCCGGCCAUAACAGCUGAUCAUGAGAAUCCUGGCCGAAGGACCCCUCGCAGUCAGCUCGACAUCAGGGGGUACCUUCUACUUGGUCAGGAGGUUGUCGAAACAAGAUAACCCCUUUAAAGAAACGCUUCCUCACAUUAUACAAAAAAUUUUUUAUUGAAUCAUUCCAAAAAAUGAACAGUAUGUUAAUGACAGAUGCUCUUUAAUAUUAUAAUAUUUUUCCUCUAAAUAAUUCAAAUUCACGAUUUCAAGGUAGCAAAUUUGCUAAGUUGUCCCUAAUAAAAGUGAAAAAUAAAACCCUUUAGUCAGAUUUGACAAGACUGCUACCUGAUUGCUCAAUAUAUUUGCCAUUUGCCUUAUGUGUAUACGAUCCAUAUACACUUUUGCUUAUCAGAAGUCCAGCUGUCAAAUUUUGGUAGUGAGAAAAUAACACUUUAAAGCAAAAAAAAAAUGAAAAAUGCAAAAAAAAAAAAAAAACUAAAACAAAAAAAAACCAAAGGACAUUUGUACCAGAAAACAUGAAAUGGAAUCUGAAUAACUGGUAGAUGAUCUCUGUAGCUUGCACUAAUCCAUUGACUAAAUUAUCACACUGUAUCCAUACAUUUGAUUCUGUAAUCACUGAUUUAAGCUGUACAUUUUCAGUUUUAUUGCCCAAAUUAAAAAACUAAACAAAAAAAAAAAAAACAUAAAGGCCCAGAAAAAAAGUUAAUUAAAUCCUACAAGAGUUAUUACCAGGGUCGGGUGGGACUGGAUGCUUGUAUUGAUACCAAAGAGGUGUUCUUCAGUUACAGCGCAUUACAACUGACUGGAUAACUGAGGAUAAAUGUAUGGGAUCUGGAGAUGUUUUAAUUUUCUUUUUGAUUUUUUUUCCAAUAUGUACAAUGUCUGUCCCUAUUGGUUAUGUAUAAUGCUAUGAGUUACUUGUAAUGAAAAUGAGGUACUACAAAUCAUGCAAUUGGCUCUUUGCAGAUCUAAUUAGUCUACUUCUUAAGGCCUCAUGCACACGACCGUUGUGUGUUUUUUGCGGUCCGCAAAACACGGAUGGCGUCCGUGUGCGUUCUGCAAUUUGCGGAACGGCACGGACAGCCAUUAAUCUAACUGGCUA